AUGGUCUGCCGUCUUAUUGCCAAGGAGUCUGACGUUCAUGCUCGCAUGAAUCUGGAAGGGACGCAAGCGCUGAUUGAUCAUUGGGGCGACAUUGAGCUUGCAGCUAUGGUGACCAUAGCUGAUAGUGAAGGCAGACUCCCGGCGCACUGGGCCUUGAUCGGUACUUAUGAUCGUCGCGAAGAGAAGGAUAACACGGAUGACAUUAUCUCACGAAUACUUACCAUAGUUAAGACUCUACUUGAUGUGAAGCUGGCAACUGUCAACCCGCGAGACGAGUCUGGCACUACGGCCUUUCAUUACGCGUUGCAGAUCCGCAUUGAGUAUCGGGAAGUCUUUCAAGAUAUCGAAGUCCUUUUGGACGCAAAUCCAUCCGUCGACACACUAAACUCCAACCAUCGGGGCACGACUUCUCUUGGCGACGUGAUGAGGUCAUGUAAAACUUAUGGCGGUACUCUUGAGAAGCAACAAGCUUGA